AAUUACAAUUGUAUUAAUAUAUUCAACUUUGUUUCAUGAGAUACCAACAUGAAGAAUGACACGGAAGUCACAAUAUUUGUACUGAAGGGCUUCACAGAUAAGGUCGAAUUGCAGACAGCCUUAUUCUUCCUGUUUCUAGCAAUCUACUUCUUUACUCUGAUGGGAAAUUUAGUUUUAGUUUCGUUAGUCAUUGGAAAUUCCCGGCUCCACAACCCCAUGUACUAUUUUCUAACUGUGUUAUCAUCUGUGGAUGCCUGUUUUUCCUCAGUUAUUACUCCAAACAUGUUAGUAGAUUUCAUGUCAAAGAAGAAAGUCAUUUCAUUCCUUGGAUGUGCAACACAGAUGUUUCUUGCUGUUACCUUUGGGACCACAGAAUGCUUUCUCUUGGCUGCAAUGGCAUAUGACCGCUAUGUAGCAAUCUACAACCCUCUCCUGUACUCAGUGAGCAUGUCACCCACAGUCUAUGUGCCACUCAUCGUUGCUUCCUUUGUGGGUGGCAUUUUGCAUGCUUCUGUACACACAGUGGCCACAUGCAGCCUGUCCUUCUGUGCAUCCAAUGAAAUUAGACAUGUCUUUUGUGACAUCCCUCCUCUCCUCGCCAUUUCUUGUUCUGACACUCACACACACCAGCUCCUGCUCUUCUACUUCGUGGGCUCUAUUGAGAUAGUCACUAUCCUGAUAGUUCUGAUCUCCUAUGGGUUCAUUCUGUUGGCCAUUCUGAAGAUUCAUUCUGCUGAAGGGAGGCGGAAAGUCUUUUCGACAUGUGGCUCUCAUCUAACUGGAGUGUCAGUAUAUCAUGGAACCAUCCUUUUCAUGUAUGUGAUACCGAUUUUCAUCUAUGCUCUGGAUCAUGACAUGAUAGUCUCCACAUUUUACACGAUUGUGAUUCCCAUGCUGAAUCCUAUCAUCUACAGUUUAAGGAACAAAGAUGUAAAAGAGGCAAUGGAAAGAGCAUCAAAAAAUUGGUUUAUCAAUUAA